UCCGGGAGUUUUUCCACAAGUUCUUCUGGGAAUUGUUCCAAAAGUUCCUCCAGGAAGUCCUCCAGAAGUUCCUCCGGGACUUUUUCCAUAAGUUCAUCCGGGAAUUCUUCUAGAAGUUUCUCCGGGAAUUCUUCCAGAAGUUCCUCCGGGAAUUCUUCCAGAAGUUUCUCUGGGAAUUCUACCAGAAGUUCAUCCGGGAAUUCUUCCAGAAAUUCCUCCGGGAGUUUUUCUAGAAGUUCUUCUGGGAAUUCUUCCAAAAGUUCCUCCAGGAAGUCUUCCAGUAGUUCCUCCGGGACUUCUUCCAGAAGUUCCUCCGGGAAUUCUUCUAGAAGUUUCUCCGGGAAUUCUUCCAGAGGUUCCUCAGUCAAUUCUUCCAGAAGUUCCUCCGGGAAUUCUUCCAGAAGUUCCUCCGGGAAUUCUUCCAGAAGUUCCUCCGGGAAUUCUUCCAGAAGUUUCUCUGGGAAUUCUACCAGAAGUUCAUCCGGGAAUUCUUCCAGAAAUUCCUCCAGUUCUUCCAGCAGUUCCUCCGGGAAUUCUUCCAGGAGUUCAUCCGGGAGUUCUUCCAAAAGUUCCUCCGGCAAUUCAUCCAGCAGUUCCUCC